AUGAAACAUCAUCUACUGGAGACGGGUACCCGCCUCCUUGCAGAAGCCAGCCCCUUCGAUCGUGUUUGGGGUAUCGGCAUGUCUGCAUGCUUUCCAGAUGCUAGCGAUCCAUCCAAGUGGGAGGCUAGCGGUUCUUCGCUAGGGAAAGACCCGGGCGAAGACCCAGCUUGUCUACGUUUGGACGCUCCGGGGGACCAUGCUCCUGGCGUUCAUCUGGUGGCAUCGACCUCCGCUUGUGCAGACCAGCUCCCUCUUCUCGAACAUGGACCCGAUCUGGUCGGCGGCACGCUCCUGUUGGACUCGGACUCAUACACCACCCGGGUCCUGCUGCAUGGAGGACCUACAGCCACUUCUCAACUCGCGCGAGUGGCGCUUCUGGACUCUGGGUCUCCUGCAUCCUUCGUUCCCGACUCCGUGGUCACCGCCAUGAUAGCUGCCGGAGCCCUGACAGCUGGCAGCGGAGCUCGGGAAUUUCUUUGGGGCCGAAGCCUGCACUCGUUGAGGUUGUGCCGAGCUCGAGCCGGGAGACGUAAUUGGAGUGUCUGCCGCGCCACUACUACGAGUACCGGUGGAAACCCUGAAGGCGGCACCAUCUUGAUUCCUACCGGCCCCACAACAUCUACAUCACCACCUCGGGUCAACGCCGUUGGCCCCAAGUCCGGGACUCACCGCUCUCCGGACGCAGCCUCCGCCCCGCCUCCUCCGAAGCCGCCUCCACAAGAACUUCAACACCGCUUCUCUGAGGCACAGCGCUCCAGCUUCAUGCGGUUGUGGACUAGGCUGCCCGCACAUAUGCACGACAUCGCUUUCGAACUACACAAUCCGGGAUGGACAUCGGAGGCUGUUGAUCGUUUGGCCGACACCCUUGUGGAAUAUUCUGACGUGUUCUCUACUUCGGAAACCGAUUUUGGUUCCUGCAACAUAAUGCCCUUCACGCUUUCUGUCCCAGCAGGGACGAAGCCCGUUGCAUCACGCCCGUAUCGUAUCAACCCGUUGAUGCAAAAGAAAGUGGAUGCCGUUUUGGACCAGUAUUUGGCGCCAGGGCUCAUUCAACAUUUCACAUCUCCGUUGGCUUCUCCUUUAGUUGUCAUCCCCAAGCAGGACGGAUAUGUUCGCAUCACCGCCAACUACAAACGUCUCAACGCUCUGGUGGAUUUGGAUGGACAACCCCUCCCUCGAGUGGACGAUAUCUUGGAUUCUCUGUACACCGGGAAAGUGUUCUCCAUCCUCGACCUCAACUCGGCUUUCCACCAGAUCGUUUGUGAUGAAGACACUGUCCCGCUCACCGCCUUUUGCACUCCCACGCAGUUUUUCGAAUGGCUUCGGAUGCCACAGGGCGCCAACGCAAGUCCGUCUUGGUUCGUCAAGUAUAACCUCAAACUGUCUCCAGGGGAGGGUCGCGUCGGCGCCACGCACGCCAACUUUCUCGGUCACACCAUCGCUCCGGCAGGUGUUAGCCCUGAUGGCGUCAAGGUUAGGGCGCUCACGCACAUGCCGCCGCCGACGAAUGUUAAGCAGCUUCGGAGCCUUCUCGGUGGACUCAGUUACUACCGGAAAUUCCUCAAGAAUCUCGCCACCAAGGUGCGGCCUCUCAACUCUCUUCUCAAACAAGGCGUCCCCUUCAAGUACGCCCCGGGCAUGGUCAAGGUUGUCAAAACGUUGUUAAGCGAACUCGCUCGCCCCCCGAUUUUGGUCUUCCCGGAUUGGGCAGCAAUCGAGGACAACAGCCGUCCUCUCCGUUUGUGUUCCGACUCGUGUAUCGACGGUUUUGGCGCCACCUUGGAACAAGAACAGCUCGAUGGCUCGGUGAGACCCAUCGUGUACAUCAGCCGCGCUGCUCUUCCUGCGGAGCGUAACUGGACCGUUUUGAAUCUGGAGGCUGGUGGCAUUGUUUGGGCCAUCAAACGCCUUCGCGGAUAUCUGUGGUCGACCAAGUUCAUCAUCUAUUCGGACCACAAAGCAUUGGAGAGCAUUGGCAAGGUUGGGGAACACAACGCUAGGGUGCAACGAUGGCUCGAAUUCCUGUCCAACUUCACCUACACCCUGAAAUAUCGGAAAGGUUCGGCAAACGGCAACGCGGAUUUUCUUUCGCGGUUGCCUUUACCAGCACAAGACACGGACAAAACCGGCCCCGACUGCAUUGAUGGUGUCGAUCAAGCGGGUGUUUUCCUCAUUUGGGCUUGCGGGCGCAACUAUCACUCGUCGUCUACACCGGAGGUCGGUUUGGGUGGGCUCCGCCCUCCUUGCACGGCAGGAGUCUUUUCGCCCCCAGCGUUGCAGCCCUCCGAUUUUGGGGAUUUUCGCCGACAUCACCCGCGUCGGUUGGAUGCUCUGACGGACUCAACGAUUGCCUGCGAGAAUUCUCAGCGGUCCCCGGGGGUCUUCAUCGUCUCGCCUGUUCUCGCAUCUUCAGGGCCUGCUUCCUCAUGGACUUCGGAUGCGUCCCGCAUGAUGUCUCCAGUCGCGUCUUUGGCGACUAGAUAUGUGCACAUUUUGUCUUCGCUUCCGGAGCAGGGACCGCUCA